AUGAAUGCGACGGAAGCUGAGACUAUCGCCGAUCAAGUUCAGAAUAUGAUUGUUUCUCUUUGCGGCGAACAGAAGCCAGAGCUGAUCAGAAGAUUUAUGCGCUUUUCCCUUGGGUUAUUAUCAUCUACUCAUGGUAUUGAAACACUAAGGGAGGAUGAAGUAACUAUAGCGACAUGUAUACGGAACAAAUUGUCAGAACGUGAUGCAAUAGAAUUUGAUAAAUUACAUAAUGAUUUAAAAGAUGGGCCACUGAAGAAUCGUAUGAGCAUUUUAAUAUUUCUGCUAAACAUGGGUCAGCCAGCAGAACAGAUAAAGGAUAGAAUUUUUUCGUUUCCAGACAUGAAAUUGGGUUUAAGUCCGAUUGCAUCUACUAGUGGACAAUCAUCACAAACAUCAUGUGCUCAAGCACAAGUUGUAUCUGUGAAUACCACAGAUAUGAGUUCAAGAGGAUUAUUAGUGAAUCCAAGUAAAAUAUUUAACGAGGAGUGCAUUUCGGAAGAUGUAUUGGUUCAAGAUUUGAUAUAUUCUUUUCAAAGUGUGGAAGGCAAAAUUUUAAAGUUAGAUUCAAGCUAUGGCUUUCAGAUAGAUUCCACAGCAAAAAUUAAUAGAUCACAAAGGCAAGCUGUUUCAAGACUGAGUGAGCUGGGAUACUUACAUAAUGUAGUGCGAAGAGGCUUAGAGAGAAUGUCUGGGGCCAAUGCAGGCCGAGUCGCCGACAGUUUCGUUGCUGCAUUACAUAAAGAAUUGUCAGAAUAUUAUAGAUUUGUAGCUAUAAUGCAAGAAGAGGUGAAUAGGUCGCAAAAUCAAAUGGUGAUGUACAGAGUUACACUAUCUCACUUGCAUCUCUGGACGUGCGAUCCUUUUGAGACACUAAAAUGGUUGGCGAGCAUAGUGAGAGCUUGCCAAGGUCUAAAAGGUGGUGCAUUAGCGUCCGCUGUUUAUAAUUUCAGCUGUCACGGCGACGCCAAUGUAAAGAAUCUUGUUAAGAGAAUUUUGGAAAGUGUUUGUAAUCCCUUGUACAAUAUGCUAAUGAAAUGGAUCGCUGAUGGAGAAUUGGACGAUCCGUAUAAAGAGUUUUUCAUUCAAGCGUGUGCCGAUGUUAGCGGCGACAGAAUGUGGCACGACAAAUACCAAGUGAAAAAUUCUAUGCUACCGUCGUUCAUUAGCAAAGCGCAGGCGAAAAAGAUAUUGGGAACGGGAAAGAGUAUCAACUUCUUGCGCGAAGUUUGCAAAGAUUUUACGCCGUGGCAAGGUAGACAUGCGGAUAUGUUCAGAAACAGCGAUGAAGAAUAUAAUGUUGAGAUCUUUUUCGAUAUGGAUCCGGACGGUCGCUUGCAAACCACGAUGGAUGCUGCUUAUAAGGAAACUUCGGCGAGAGUUGUUGAAAUAUUAACGAAACAAUAUCAUCUUAUGGAACACUUGCAGGGAAUUAAGAGUUAUCUCUUGCUCGGCCAAGGCCACUUUAUCCAACACCUUAUGCAUUUAUUAGGGCCCGAAUUAGCUAAACCAUCGAAUUCUCUAUAUCCCCAUAACAUAUCAUCUAUACUUGAUACUGCAAUAAGAGCAACCAGUGCAAAAUUGGACGACUUGGACGUUCAGAGACGAUUAGACGUCAGAUUAUUAGAUCCUUCGGAAAACGAAACAGGAUGGGACGUUUUCUAUCUAGAUUAUAACGUCGACGGGCCGAUAGGAACGAUUUUGGAACCAUGCAGACAGACGUAUCAGACGGUAUUUUUUGCAUUAUGGCGAGCAAAGAGAAUGGAAUCGAUCUUGUCCGGCAUUUGGAAGCGACAGACAACAUCGGCCAAAAUGUUCAGAAGAAUGCCGGAAGUGUUGCCGAUCCAGAACCAUAUACAUUUGAUCACUAGUAGCAUGGUCCACCUGGUUCACCAGAUGCUGUAUUAUUUUUUAUUCGAGGUGAUCGAAUGUUCUUGGGAUACAUUCGCGAAGCAACUUGUCCAGGCAACGUCUCUCGAUGACAUAAUCGCGGCUCAUAAUCAUUUUGUCGAUUCCGUGAGGCAUGGUACACUGUUAGACGAAAAAUCACAGAGACUUAUGGAUCAUCUGCGCUCUGUCUAUUAUCCAAUACAAGAUCUCCAGAAUCACGAGGAAACUUUCCUCGCGCGUGCUACUCAGGAAUAUAAAGCAAGAUUAAAAACCGAUAAUUUUGCGCAGCCGAAAAAAUCAGGCCGUAUGAAUAAAAAGGAUCAGGAAGCUAUAGAGAGGGAGGCGGCGUUUUCGAAGUAUCUGAACACGUUCUCAAGACAAUUGAAACUACUUUCGAGAACUUACCAGGAUCGUGUGAAAAAAUUCUUGCUAAUGCUUGCCUCUGCUGAAGACGUGUCGCUGCAGUUACUAAGUGUGCGGUUAGAUUUUAACGAAUAUUAUAAGAAUCAGGAUAACCGACUAGUUGCACCGUUAACAUAUCAACAUCGUAGACAAAGUGAUCAGACUUUCUUUGGAUGCAAGUGACAGUCGGCAGCGGAAAAUUCAUUAGAAACCUUAGAUG